AUGGCCGGCGACAAGAGCAACAACGUCAUGCGCGAAAUUCACGUCGACAAGCUCGUGAUCAACUGCUGCGUUGGCGAGUCCGGCGAUAAACUGACCCGUGCUGCACGUGUGCUGGAGCAGCUCACCGGGCAGAAGCCCGUGUACUCGAAGGCCCGCUACACGGUCCGCACGUUCGGUAUUCGUCGUAACGAAAAGAUUUCGUGCCACGUGACGAUUCGUGGGGAACUCGCUCAGGAGAUUUUAGACCGCGGUCUCAAGGUGAAGGAGUACGAGCUACUGCGCAAGAACUUCUCGGAGACGGGCAACUUCGGUUUUGGUAUCCAGGAACACAUCGAUCUGGGUAUCAAGUACGACCCGUCGACGGGCAUUUACGGCAUGGACUUCUUCGUCGUGCUGAAGCGUCCAGGAGCUCGUGUCGCUCGUCGUAAGAUGAAGCAGUCGCGCGUCGGCCACCCGCACCGUCUUACGAAGGACGACGCGGUGAACUGGUUUCAGACCAAGUUUGAGGGCAUUGUGCUGGAUGCGCCUCGCUUGUAA